AUGUCUGCCAUCGCUCCAAUCACUGGCAUGUUGAGAAAGAAGAUCAUCACCGACAUCUCCAUCGGCUUCGGCUGUGGUUUUGUUUUGGCUGGCCUCUACUGGCAGUACGAGCACAAGCCAUUGGUUGAGAAGAGAGAGGCCUUCUACGCCAAGUUGAAGGCUGAGAAGGAGGCAGAGGACUCUGUUUAA